AUGGUCUUUGGCCCGACGCUUCGUGCGGCGCGCAGCGCCGCCCCCCGCAUGGCGCGUACGCUCGCGACGGCGCGCCCCCAGGUCCUGCUCAUGGACGAUAUUGCCUUGGCCAAGUCCGACCUUGAGCGCCUGUCGCAGCGUGCCGAGGUCCUGCGCAACGAGGCCAAGACGCGCGACGAGCUGAUCCAGGCGUUUGCGCACGGUGGCAAGUACGCCAACAUCCGCGGCAUGUACCGCCACUUUGGCGGUGCGCGCUCCGUGCGCAUUUCCGGCCGCUUCGACGAGGAGCUUGUCGGGGCGCUGCCCGAGUCGCUCAAGUUUAUCGUGCACAACGGCGCCGGGUACGACCAGCUGGACAUUUCCGCGCUGAGUGCGCGCGGCAUCCAAGCGGCGAAUGUUCCGACGGUCGUGAAUGCGGCGACGGCCGACACAGCGCUCUUUCUGCUGAUCGGCGCGAUGCGCCGCUUCCCCCUCGCCAUCAGCCAGCUGCACAGCGGCGUCUUUAACCAGCAGUUCCCCUUUACCUCGGCCUCUGACCCCGAAGGCAAGGUGCUCGGUAUCGUCGGCGCCGGCGGCAUCGGCCAGGAGCUUGCGCAAAAGGCUGCGCACGCGUUCGGCAUGCGUGUUCUCUACCACAACCGCCGCCGCCGCAGCGAGGCGCAGGAGCAGGAAGGCAUGCCGCCCGGCCGCCCGAUGACUUAUGUCGCGUCCCUCGACGAGCUGCUCGAGCAGAGCGACGCGGUGAGCCUCAACUGUCCCCUCACCCCUGAAACCAAGCACCUGAUCAGCACGCCGCAGUUUCAGCGCAUGAAAAAGACGGCGGUGCUGAUCAACACGGCGCGUGGCCCGGUAGUCGAUGAGGCGGCGCUCGUGGACGCGCUCGAGGCGGGCGAGAUUGCAGGCUGCGGUCUCGACGUGUACGAGAACGAGCCGUCGGUGCACCCCAAGCUGCUCGAGCUCGCGUCGAGCAAGGCGAUGCUCCUUCCCCACGUCGGCACGCUCUCGCUCGAGACGCAGACCAACAUGGAGGCGACGUGCAUCCGGAACCUCGAGCACGGCCUCGAUACCGGCGCACUGUCGUACACGGUCAAGGAGCAAGAAGGCCUCGGCCUCAAGGCGUAA